GGGCUCUCCUAAUACAUUUGAACCGCACCAAACCCCUCGAUUGCGCGCAAACAACACCCGACGACACAACAGAGUACUGAGAGUACUGGUCAACGAUCCGACGUGAUUUCCAUUGCAGGCGCCUUUAAUUUCACAAGGGGCAACCUCUGACAACUUAAACACGCGAGGCAUGGCCUGCUAAACCCGAGCGCAACGCUCCCAACGCUACCUCGUCUCUCUCAUUACUGCUUCCUACAAGAUGUCGUCCUCCGCAGCACCGAGCCUCGCCCACCGAUCCAUUGCCAACAUUCGAACCGAGACAGGCUCUGGCAUCAGCGGUGGCCCUGCAAGUCCACACACCCCUUCUCGCAAUAUCUCUUCAACAUUUGGCUCCCCAUCCAGUCUACGCGCUGAGGAAGACAUCAUUGUCAUAGAGCUGGGUUCUCGCUUCAUCAAGCUUGGGUUCGCCGGAGAGCCAGUGCCGAAGGCCGUGCUAUCCCUAGGUCCUGAGCAACUGCGACGCGUAGGCGACUUCCGCACCUGGGAUCCAGACCACAAGGAUGAUUGGCGGCGACGUCCAACGGGCAAGACUUGGGGAGACGACCAUGAGCUCUGGCAAUACGAUGUGCGGACCGUUGACUUGGGGCUCGUUGAGGACAAGAUAGACCGAGCCAUUCGGGAAGCAUUGAACAAGUUCCUUCUCAUCGAUUCACGGCCGCGAAGAACCUCUCUAGUUCUCUCCUCGUCGAUACCUCUGCCAUUACUAUCAACCACCCUCGAUGUUCUUUUCCACCGUUUCCAGGCACCGCUUGUCUCUUUAAUGUCAUCUGCAGUCACGUCGGUUGUGGGAGCUGGCACUCGGUCAGCACUGGUUGUGGAUCUUGGCUGGGCCGAGACUAGUGUGACGAGCGUCUACGAAUACCGCGAGAUCCGUACGACAAGGACUACCCGCGCAGGCAAGAUGCUGGUCAACGAGACACAUAACCUGUUGCAAGAUGCACUGUCGACUUCAUCAGCCCACACGCAAAAGACUCGCAGUGAAAGGGAGCAAGGCCGACAUUCUCUCAGUUUUGAGGAGUGCGAAGAAGUCGCCUGCCGCCUCGUCUGGUGUCGCCAAGUCAAACGCGGUGAUCUUCCAAAUGUUAGGCAGCAGGAGCAACAGAAGUCUGGAGGAGAGGCAUUACCUACGGUUGAGGAGCAGGACGAAUCCCCGCCAGCCUCGCCAGUUGAGGAAGAGGAGCGGUCCGAUGGUAAUGUCGAGAUUCGGAUACAGUCUGUGGAACCAGCAGAGAACCUGACCUUGCCAUUCCAACAACUGUCUGAGCCGUGCGAAAACACCUACUUCGCACCACACUAUUCACGUAGCAGCUUCGACGACGACGAGCUCCCUGUCCACCACCUCAUCUAUCAACAUCUUGUCCAACUUCCCAUCGAUGCUCGCGCAGUCUGCAUGUCGCGCAUUGUAUUCAUUGGCGGCUGCUCCAAGGUCAUUGGCUUGAAGCGGAGGAUAUUUGAUGAGCUGUCAAAACUGGUACACGAGCGUGGGUGGGACCCUGUUCAGGGGCGUGCACCGAAGCAGUACGAGAACAACGCGUUGCUGAAGAGAGGCAGCCGACGGGCAGCUGAAGGUCCUACAGAGAUUGAGUCGCCCGCAAGGGAGACGGAAGAACGUAGAGCCACAGGCGAAGAUGAGCCGCGAAGCGCAGCAGAUGUCAUUGAGGACUCUCUAAAGAAGCGAGAUAGCCACCAUCCCAAAAUCCAAGGCACCUUACGGCCUCUAGAUUCUCUCGGGCCGUGGGGAGGGGCCAGCCUGGCGUGCCAGCUUAAAGUAAUGGCAAUGGCAAACAUUGACCGAGAGCUGUGGCUUCAACAAGGAGUCAACGGAGCUUCACGGCCGAACGAAGUCGACGUCAAGGCACAGCAGCGGCAAAGCAUGGGUCCCGGUGGACUGAUGCGAGGAGCUGGAGGCCAGUCGAACUGGACGUUGGGAGCAUGGGGAACUUUAUAGCGAGGCGGGUGGAAAUAUGUCUACCGGCAUGUGAAAAUGGAUUGAUACCCCGGAGGCCAACUGGCCUUCGAAAUGUGAAGAAAAGAAUACAGAGUCAAAAUAUGUGAC